AUGCAUAUAGGUCAUUUUCUAUUGAAAGCUUUAUCAUUACAAAAUCUUGCUUCAGAAAUUAUCCUUGAGAAUACAAGGCCCGGGAUACCAAAGGUUCAAACAAAUUUGUAUUCCCCACAAUACGCUGAGGUAGAUUUAAUAACUGAAAAUGAACAAGAAAUAGAUAGAAUUAAUGGAUGUAGGCCAUUAGUUAUAUGGCACGGACUUGGUGAUAAUUACAAUUCAUCGGGAAUGGUGGAUGUGAUAUCUAUAUUCAAUCAACGAUAUCCUGAUAUGUUUAUCUAUCCAAUUUUUUUAGAUGCAAAACCUUCUAAAGAUCAAGAGAAAACAUUAUUCGGAGAUGCAAAUAAAGAAGUGGAAUUUGUAUGUGAACAAUUAUCAGCUAUCCAUGAGUUGAAGGAAGGGUUUGAUGCAAUCGGAUUUUCUCAGGGAGGAUUAUUUAUGAGGGCAUUGGUACAGAGAUGUUCAAGUGUAUCUGUGCACAACCUAAUAACAUUUGGGUCACCGCAUAUGGGUGUUCUGGAACUUCCCAUGUGUAAGCCUAAUGACUGGUUGUGUAAAAGGAAGAAUGCAAUUCUUAAAAAGCAGGUGUGGCAUGAAAACAUACAAAAAUCCAUAAUACCUGCUCAAUAUUUCCGGGACCCUUACGAAUAUGAUAACUAUGUAUCCCAUUCAAAUUUCUUAGCAGAUGUAAACAAUGAGUUGGCUCAAAAAUCUAACCCGGCCUAUGGAAAGAAUCUCAACAAAUUGAGUAAGUUCGUUAUGAUUGUUUUUACGAAGGAUACCACUGUAGUUCCCAAAGAGAGUGCUGGUUUCAAUGAUUGGGAUACAGUUUAUGAUAAGACCAUACCAUUUGAUAAAACAUCAUUGUAUGAGAAAGAUUUGCUAGGACUUAAAACUAUGAAUGAGGAUGGGAAGCUAGUAUUCUUAGAGAUUGAAGAAGAUCAUAUGGUUAUAUCAGAUUCGUUUUUAGUUGAUAUUGCUGAGAGUUACGUAGGUGGGUCAUUGUGA